AUGGCGACGAAACGACCCCCGGACGACGACCCAAAUCUCAUUCACAAAAUACAGCGUAUCGAACACACUGAUGGCGCGAGUCCACAGCACCGUCCCGCCAACAAUGACUUCUCUGGCUCCGUCAAGAAGAAGCUCGCCGAUUCCAAGCGGACUGGUCAGGCGUGCGACCGCUGCAAGAUCCGCAAGAUCCGCUGUGAUGGCCGCCCCGAAGGCUGCACACCCUGUGAGCAGAACAGAACGCCCUGUCGCACCACGGACCGCAUCACUGGACGCGCCACAGUACGCGGUCACGCCGAGGCCAUGGAGUCGGAGAACUCAUAUCUGCGUUCGCAGAUCGCAGAUCUACAAGCCCAACUGAAAGAGCACAACAUCGAGCCCCGCGCCCCUCCCGCCUACAACGCCUUGCAACCACCCAGCCAUCCUUGGUCUUCGGUCACCAGCGAGAGCCAGCCCUGGACUGAAGGUCCGCGACAGACGAGUUCCUCGCCACUGCCCGGCUAUGCUCCAGCGGGUGCCGCGGCAAAGAGCGAAACGCUGCCUCACUUCAAGCAUGGCUCACUCGGCGACAAUUACCUUGGCGUAGCUGCCGGCGAUUCUCCCCUCAGCCACAUCAAAGGCACAUCUCUUUCCAUCUUCGGCACUGAGAUUGACAUUACUGACUUCAUGGCGGGCGAGACCGAGUACGAAGCCUCACCCAUGUCCUACACCACCUUAAUCAACAUUGCCAUUUCUGGUCAGCAUGUCGACAGGAUUGAGCUACCACCAUACACCGAAUUGUAUGAGUACACCAUAUGGUAUCUCCGGUCUUUGAAUCCCUACACUAUGCUCGUUCACAGGCCAGUUUUUCUGGAUUUGAUCUGGAAAAUUGGCAACGAUCCCAACUUCACGCCCACUGCGCCCGAAAUCGUAACAGUGCACAUGAUGCUUGCGACCAUCAUGUAUCAAAUAGCGAUUCGGAAUAGCCAGCACAGCGGUAGCACAAUGCUACAGGAUUCGCAUGCCCACUACCACUACGCUCUCACUUUCUACAGUAAGCUCAUCCAUGGCGACCAUGGAUGGCAGGACGUGCAGGCCUUGGCUAUGAUAUGCCACCACUUGCGAACCUUUCCCAAACCAGGUGCAGCUUGGAUCAUGACGUCGACUGUCUACCUAUUCGCUCUGCAACUCGGCCUACACAGGUCCGUCAAGGUAUGGGCAGAAAACUCAGGGAAGCUGAGCAAGUUGGAUAUCGAAAUGAGGAAGCGCGUUUUCUGGUGUCUCAUGGCACUACAGGUCAAUCUCAACGGAAAACUCGGACGUCCAAUGCCGAUUAGUAAUGAGGACAUGGACGUCGAGUUCCCCGAGCCAAUGAACGACUGCAUUCCCAGCGAGGAGGCCAAAUAUGACGCCUUCCAUCAAUGCUCUUUCCAGGUUGGCAUCCAGGUUGCCAAAUACACCGUUUUGGAACUAGACCUUUUCAAGUCCAUCUACGCUGUGCGGCAUUCACCAAAAGCAUACCUGGACAGCUUGAAACGUCUCGAAGCUGGUAUCCAGCAAUGGAAAGACGAAUUGCCUUAUGAGCUGCGUGAUCCGUCACGUGUGUCAGAAGACGAUCACAUCUUUUCCCUGUACCUGGAGUACUGGUAUCAGGCGUAUAAUCUGCUCCUGCACCACCCAGGGGUUUGUCGGUCAACUGACGCGGCUGUUGUCAAAUCGAACCUGGACAAGUGCUUGAACGCGUCACAGAGAAUGCUUCACAACUGCACAGCGAUGAUGAACAAGAAGAGUCUCGACAUUCCCUGGAUCAACACUGUUGUCUACAUCGCGGCUGCAUUCACGACCUUGUUCAUCUCGUCCAUUCGACAGGACCAAAUGUCGCCAGUGGAUAUGACAAAGCUCAAAGGCGAUAUGGCAGCCUGGGUCAAUGUCCUUGGCGAGUGCGACCACUUCCUCGGGUCUGGAAACAGGUUGAAGCAGGCGAUUUCAAGGAUCGUCGAUGGAUCGCUUAGUAAUAUCAACGAUAGCAUCGUCAAACGCACUGCUACUGAGUCUCUUGCCCAUGUAGCGCUGCAGGCUCCUCGUUCGAAUUCAGUAUCGACGUACGACAACAACACCUACCGCGACCAGUAUGCGGCCUCCUCCAGCGGCCCUACAGAUCCUACUCUUACGUCGCAGUCUGGGCCAUACAACAGCAUGGCAGUUGCUACACACUCAUACCACAUGGGAACGCCCAUGACGAUGCCUCAGCACACCAACAGGAAUUAUGAGCAGCAAACUUACGGCAGUGGCGACGAAGCAAACAUGAAUCCAAAUCAUGCAGCAGCACUAGCAGCAGCCUCGAGUAGUAUCGCACAGCCUUCAACCAACGCCUAUGCCUACAGCAAUGCUCACAUUGGCAACAGUAGCGUGUCCGCGUACAGCUACCCUGCCCAGGUAUGGAGCAACUGGACACGAGCGUGCGUGCAACCCCCACAGGGUCAGCCCGGCGACUACCUCAAUACAGCGACAACACUCAUGACCCUGGGCCGGGAUUCCGGAUCCCACGCCUCUGGGAGUGACGGCCAGGGGCUUGUUCAGACAUCCGGAGUUCCGGGUCACCCACCCCUUCACUGGCCCGAGAUCUCGUUUCCCAACGCUGCAAGCGGGAAUAGUUAA